CAUUUUUGGGAAUUGCUGCCUUCUCCCAUACAGAAAUACAAGAACGCGGCCCUAAUUACAUUAGCAAAUUCUGCCAAAAAAAUAAAUAAAUUACAUUAGCAAAAGCUUCUCUCUCCACCGGCAAAGCAAUGGCGGGAAAUCAAAUCUCCGGCGACGGUCUGGCGUCGAAUCUCGCCGGAAUGUCCAAAACCCAACUUUACGACAUAAUGUGUCAAAUGAAGUCACUAAUUGAGCAAAAUCAGCAGCAAGCGAGGAAGAUUUUAGUACAAAACCCUCUUUUAACAAGAGCCCUCUUUCAGGCACAAAUUAUGCUAGGUAUGGUGCAGGCGCCGCAAGUGGUCCAGAGCAAUCAGCCUCAGGCUUCAUCGCAACCCUCACAUCCUGUUCAGCAGACGAAUGUCCAUGUAGCCCACUCAACACCUAAGCAAGUUACUUUGCCGGACCAAGCAAAUAUAUCACAGGCACAAUUGCCUGUGAGAAAGCAACAACAGAAUCAAUCUUCAUUGCCAAUCAUGUCCACUCCUACGGCGCAGGGUAUCCAUUCUCAGCCAAUGCCUCCACAAGCAAUUGAGCAGCCUAGGGGUCCCCUGAAUACCCAGGCUAGCCAAAUGUCACAUACGCAGUCUUCUCAAGUUCCCAAUAUGCCCUCACUACCAAUGCAUUCUGGAUCACAGCCUCCUCCUGUUCAUCAACCUCCCAUGUCAUCUGUGCCUAGCCAUUUUCAGCAACCAAUGCAAACAACUGGUGUUUCCCAUCAUCAGCUACAGCCUCCAGUACCUCCACAGCCAAGGCCUCCGAUGCAGAUGCAGUAUCAACCACCAAUUGGCGCAAAUAUGAACUUUCAAAAUUCUGGCACCCCUCAAAUGCACCAUUCACAACCUAUGUAUCAUACAAGUAGCAGGCCUCCUGUUGGAACAGGACCAUUUCCCCAAGGGCAACUGCCUCCUCUCCCUCAUCAGCCACCUCAUCAAUCUCUGUAUCAGGUAGGAGGCUCACAUAUGAGCGUAGAUUUUAAUCAUCAAAAUUCAAACAAAAUGCAAAUGGAAAGGCCAUCCCCUUGGCCACCUGUUUCUCGAGAAAAUACGUCUGGAUCACAGCUCCCUGCCCCACCUUUGGGUCCAGGUGGCAAUCAGCCUCCUCGUCCACCUCCUUUAACCCCUGAAGUGGAGCAACAAUUGCUUCAGCAAGUCAUGAGUCUGACGCCAGAGCAGAUCAAUCUGUUGCCUCCAGAACAGAGGCAUCAAGUCCUUCAGUUGCAGCAGAUGCUUCGUCAAUGAUCUAGUCACUAACUCAUUUCAAUUAUUUAGUUUUCCUCUGUUGUAAGAGUAAAUGACAGAAAUAGAUGGCUACUAUCACUUCUUUAAUCCAAGAUGAGUCUUUUGUUCUA